AUGUAUCCGUCUUACAACAACGCCACGCGCGAAGGAUUUUUAUUGCUGUCCCAUUGUUUACAACCAAAAAGCCGUGGCAGCGUUUCGCUAAAAUCCAGCAAUAUUCGUCGUCAACCGAAGAUCGAUCCUGCUUACCUUAAAGACUACGACGACGUUCUGUGCAGUCACCGUGCUAUAAAUUUCGCCAUUCAAACGGUCGAGUCGCCCAAGUUUCGCGAAUACGGCGCGGAAGUUCAUCAUCCUGACUUGGAAGAGUGUCGGCAUUUGCCACGGGACUAUCGAGACUUGGAAUACACGGAAUGCGUGUUGAGAGUCGCGGCUCUGACGAGUUAUCACGUUUGCGGUACCUGCAGGAUGGGUGCUGACGAUCGUUCAGUCGUCGAUGAGAAAUUACGAGUGAGAGGUGUGAAAAGACUGAGAAUAAUAGACAGCAGUGUGCUACCGUCUCCCAUUUCCGGUAACCCGAAUUCCGUUGUGAUUGCCAUAGCGGAACGAGCAAGCGAUGUGAUUCUCGAUCGCGCAUCUAAUUAA